AUGGAUUUUAGUAUACCUAACUAUAAAAUUAUUUAUAUUGACGAUUUCAUUCAGCACCUGAAUGGAUUAUCAAACAGCAUAUUCAUUGCAGUCAAUAACUCAGUGGUACGAAUAACUGUAGAUGCCUUUGUGAAGAAAGAUGAAGCCACAUGGUCUUUAUCGAGUCAAGAAUUAACAACAUGCCCUCAACGAGAUUCCCAUACGAAAAUACCUUGUGAUCAGUAUACUGUAACACUGGUGAAAGUUGUAGACAAAAUAUUUUCUGGACUUACCGGUGGCUCCGUCCUACAUCAAAGUGGAAUUUAUGUUUGUUUAUCGAAUGGAGUAAUAGCUGAAUGUUCACUUCGUCAGGCUAUUGAUUUACGUGCUCCAUCAAAAAUACACUGGAAAAGUGUAAAUCAUUGUCCAAUAGAUCCAGAUCAACCAGUUAUUGGUCUAGUUGCAAGUACACAAAAUCUCUAUAUGGCUACUAAAACAGGAUUAUUACAAAAUUCUCAAGUGAAUAUAUUAAAAAUAAAGUCUGUAGAGAAUAUGAAUUCAAUGAAACCGUUUAAAUAUCCUAUUCGUACACCAGCAGAGGAUAAAAUCAUUCAACAGAAUAACAGUACACUAUUUAUACACAGCUUCGAGUUUCACAAUGCGGUUUACUUUUUAUUUCGUGAAUUGGCCAAUGAGACUGUAGAAAGUUGUGAUAAAUCAAUUAUUGUCUCACGAAUCGGUAGAGUAUGCAAUAUAGAUGAUGGAAAUCAAGCAGGAGUACUGACUAACUUUUUUAAAGCUACUAUUAUUUGUCCAUCAACAAUUGAAGAUGGUUCUAACAGUUUAGUAUUUACUGAACUACAAGCGGUGUAUGUUGACCAGUCAACGAAAACUUUAUACGGAACAUUUCAAACUUCAGCAUCAAUGCCAACUGCAUCUGCUGUUUGUGAAUACAAUCUGGUAGAUAUUGAAUCUGUGUUUAAUAGUGAAUUUUAUAAGACUGAUGGAGUUGCUACAACAGUCAGAAAUGACAACAAGUGUGAAAAAUAUACACCAAAUUCCUUUCCAAAGAAUGAUUUCAAUCUUAUGUUUAAAACUGUCAGACCAAGAUAUGACAGACCAAUUUUAGUACAACAAGGUGACAUAUAUACACAAAUUGUAGUGAGUAGAACUCCAGGUUCACUUAGAAGUGAUAUGAAUAUGGUGAUAUUUGUGACCAGUUCAAAAGGGAUGCUGUAUAAAUGGCAUGUUAAAGAAUUUCAACCUUGUCUUGUAGAAUUAAUCUACUUGACUCCAAGAUUUUCAACAGAUUUAUCGAAUAACAUUGUUCAAAUGGAAAUUAUUCCUAGUAAUCAAAAUAAAAAGACAUUUAAGGCCUCAUAUCUGUUAAUAGCAAUGAAAGACCGACUUUUACGUCUGCCGAUAGCACGAUGUUCAAGAUUCGGUCAUGGUAGAAUGGCAUGUAAACUUUUAAGAGAUCCAUUCUGUGGAUGGAAUGAAGCAGUGCAAAAAUGUGAGGAUUUAACCGCCACAGAAAGAAUACACAAUAGCAUUAUAACAUACGAUUCUGACGUUUGUAUUCAAAAUGAAAUAAACUCAGAUUUUAAGAUUACUAGCGAAUGGGGAAGCUGGAGUGAAUGGAGUGAUUGUAAACUAUCUUCAAGUAAAUCUACUAAUAACAAGUACCUAAUACAACAUUCAGAUAGUCAAAUUAAGCCAAGCGGAUGCAAGUGUCGUUUUCGAUCUUGUAAUUCACCCUUUUCUUCUGGACUUCAUGAAAGCUUAUGCUCAAAUGGAUCAUCAGUGGAAAUUACUGGUUGUUCUUAUGAUGGUGGUUGGACCGAGUGGUCUGCAUGGUCUGCGUGUGAACCUGUUUGUUAUUCGCGAACUUUUAAUACAAAUGUAACACCAACGCGAACAAGAUAUCGUUGGUGUUCUAAUCCAAGUCCGGUUGGAAAGGAAUAUACUUGUAUUGGAACAGAUAAAGAAACUCAAAAGUGCUCAAAUGAAGUCCCUAUGUGUCCACUUGAAGUAAUACCAAUUUACGAAUGGAGUUCUUGGUCUAUGUGGUCUGAAUGUACAGCAUUAUGUAAUGGUGGUAAAAAAUUUCGUCGACGGUUUUGUAAACACCCGGACAGUUUAAAAAAUGAAAAGCCAGAAAAAUUCACAUUGGCUCAGUUGAAAACACUACUAUCAGAUCAGUCGACUUAUGUGGAUAAAUAUUUGUGUAUUGGUUCAGCAUAUGAAGCUAGUGAAUGCAACACUCAUUCCUGCUCAAUUAGGAAAGCCACAUCCCCAUGGAGUGAAUGGUUUAUAACAGAUGAGAACGCUGGCGGGGAAUCUACACAAAGACAAUAUCGUGUAGAAUGUUCCGCCAAACUACCAGAAUCAGAAAACUUUCAAAUACAAACAGACGUUGAAACACGUAUCUGUAAAAUAAAUAGAAAUAAUCAUGAAAUUACUUGUGAAAACCUUGAUAACUCUUUUGAAAAUUUUGAACAAAAUGAACCAGUUUGGUUAGAAAAUAUCAAUUAUGAAUGGUCAUCAUGGUCAGAAUGUUCACAACCAUGUGGUGGAGGUCGUAGAUAUCGUAAACGAUUAAAACCAACCUCACAUAAUAUUAAGGAUGAUACAAUUAUAUCAAGUAAGACAAAAUUGUCUACUGAUAAUCAGUAUGAAAAAGAAGAUGAACUAUGUAACCUUCAUUCAUGUACAGGUUAUUGGAGUUGUUGGUCAGAAUGGAGUAAGUGUUCACAUACAGAGGUAUGCUCACAACCAAGAGGUGUACAACGUCGAUAUAGAACUUGUAUUUCUUCGCUCAGUUCAUCUAUUACUGAUACCUCUAAUGUUCACAAUACAAGUUUAUGUUAUGGUGGAUAUGAAAAUAGUAUACAGACGAUGCCAUGUGAAGUAGAAAUCAAUGAGAUAGAAUGUUUACAGAAAAGAUUAAAUCAUCAAAUGAAAAUUAAGAAGAGAUCAGUGGAAACAGAGUCAGUUGAUACAGUUGAACCAUUGGUUUCUGAUCAAUGGGCAGUUUGGUCAGAAUGUAUAACUGUAGUGCAUUUACCAUAUUCUAUACGUAUGAGAAUAAGGAAAAGUUGUGAAAAUUGUGAAUGGAUUCAAUUUGAACGGUGUGACACAAAACAACUUCUUCCUCCUCAAGAAGUUUUAGGAGAUAAAUAUCAAUCAUAUAAAACAGAUGAUCGGCUACCAGAUUCCAAUGAACACUAUGAUCUGCUUCAUGCAAUGAUUGUUAUAUUGAUUGCUUUUACAACUGGUAUUGCUAUUAUAUUAAUACCAUUUAUUAUAUGCACAAUAAGAGCACGUAAACAUAAAUACCAUCAACAGCAACGGCCAACAUCAUCAUUAUCACAAUCAUUAUGGCGUAAAAUAAUAACCAACGAACAGAAAAUGGCUAUGAAUAAUAAUAAUCCACAGUCAAAUUUAUUACCAUAUGAAUGGUUCUUAGACAACAGAAAUACUAAUAAUACUAAUAACUUCAAUAACCUUAGUGACAAGAACAACAGCAACAACGCUGGGAAACAAAACUCACAAGAUAAAAGUACUAAAUGGAAAAGAAAGAAAACAACAAGGCAUAAAAUGGAUAAUCAUGAGGAAACUGUUGAAAAUCCGUCAGAAUUACCUUUACUAGAACAUUCAGAAAGAAUGACAGACGAAAAAGGCGAUGUUAACUGUUUGACAAAUUUAAACUAUAAUUAUCAUGAAAUUAACAAUACUAAUCAUCAUGCAGACUAUGUUAAAUUGACAAAUUCAUCGAUCAAUACAAAAUUAGGAACACAGCCGCUAAAAGUAUCCAUGAAUCAUGUAAGUCAAGAGAUAAAAGCUGUUGAAUCAAAAACUUCAUGCAAUAGUCAAAUUUCAUCCUUUGAUUAUGAUGAAGUUGCGAAAAAUAAUAAUAAUAAUACAAAUCAUGUCCAACUAAGUCACACACCGUCUUCAGUUCUCCUGACGUCCACGACGACUACAACACCAGCAGCGACAACAACAACAACAACGUGGACAUCAAGACCCAGAUCAGAAAUUCAGUAUGCUGAUUCGAAAUCAGAGACGGCAUCAUCACAUACAAAAAUUAUUAGUGUUUUUUCAUUGUCCAUACCAGCGGUUGAACCAAUGUCGUCUGAGGCUUCAACGCAUAGUUCAACAUUCUACAAUCCUGCUAGUAAUGAAUCAAUGAAGUUAAGUAUUCUAAAGGAUAAAAUGAAGUAUAAAGAAAUACAAAUAAAGCCUAAUUUAAACUGUAGAAAUUAUUAUGACGAUGUGAAUUCAAUAGAGGCGGGGAAACAAACUGCCUAUCAAAUGAACAGCUAA